AUGCUUCUCGAUAUCGAGGAAGGGCAGUCGAAUUGGUGUCGAUACAUCUUUAAAUUUACAGUAGAUCUUCAAUAUGUUGCUAAGAUUGAAGGUCCGAAAUGGAUGAGGGACGAGACAGUGAUCAGUGAGCGCCUCAGUAUCGCUCACACAGACUACAUGUACCUUUGUGUUUGUGGAGAGAUAUUCUCGUCAUUGUACGAGCUCACUCCAGUCGGACAGUGGACAGAGUUACAAUACCGGCUUUCUGAGAGCUACACCGAUAUGCUCGCAUUCGCCGUCAUUGGUCCUAUUACUCAAAUACUGGUCGUAGAACAGGCAACAAAAACACCGUGCUGA